AUGCAAAAUAACCAAAUAAAUCAACAAAAUUCAAUGCUCAUAUUUUUAGAAGUUGGAAGUAGAUAUCAAUUAUUAAAUUGUUUAGAAACAUUAAAACCUUUAUAUAUAAUUAUGUAUAGUCAAGAUAUGGCUGCUACGCGUGCUAUUGAGACCUUUAAAUGUCUUAAUGAAGAUCAUCCACUUGAAUUAUAUGUGUUAAUGUAUGAGGAUAGUUAUGAAGAAGAACGUUAUCUUUCUUCUUUACAACGAGAGAAUGAAGCAAUAGAAACACUUAUAAAGGAACAAUCUCUCCUUUUGGCCCCACGUGAAUUUGAUGUUAGUAGAAAUUCUACAUCACAAUUACGACGUUUAACUACUCCACAAAGAAGAGACACUAGAUACCAAAGAUCAGGCUCUUCAAAAGCUAGCCAAAUGUUUCUAUGUGAAGAUGAAGAGGAGGAAAAUAUGGAGAAUAGACAAAAGGUUAUAGUCGAUCUUCGUGAAUUCAACAGUGAAUUACCCACAGUUUUAUAUAGACGUGGAAUUGAUUUAAUGGCAGCAAUGCUUGAAGUUGGUGAUUAUAUCCUAUCUCCUGAUAUUUGUUGUGAAAGAAAAUCUCCUGAUGAUUUAACUCAAUCAUUGCUUAGUGGACGUAUUUUUAAACAAGUUGAACAGAUGAAGAAAUGUUACAAAUAUUAUAUUCUUUUGAUUGAAUCUGCUGAAAAAUAUAGGAAUAAAAAUAAUCCUUUUCAGGUUUUAUUUUUGUUUUCGAUAAAUACAUGAGCGGCAAUAUUUGUCUUAAAUUUUUUUUGUAAAACAAGUUUUUAAAUUUAGUUUGGGAUUUAAUUUUUCUUUUAAAAUCUCCUAAACUUUUUUCUCAUCCGUCGAAAUUAGUAUGAGGUGUCACUUAGGAGAUAAUUACCAUCAGAAUUUUAUUGUAAAACGGUUCCCCCACAAUUGGAUCCUGAAAAUCCCAUCUUGGUGCUUCUAUUUGAACG